CAGAGGCAUUUCUUUGAACUCAUCAACGAUGAAUUUAACUUGUUCCAAAACUUUUUCUGUUGAUAGUCUUAAAAUAACGUUCCGAUGGCUUCCUAAAUGCAUUGUUUCCAAUGUAUAUAUACACUGUACUUAAGAUAUUAUGCUUUUAUCUCUCACGUACAUCCAUAGUGAAAAGAUCAUCUAUUUAAAUACGUAUCUAUCUAUAUAGCAGAUGUAAUGAAUUGCCAGUCUACACGCAAUUGCUUCACAUCUUACCUGUAUAAAUAAAAGAAGAAUCUGAAAUUACUGUCACAAUCAAAGAGUGGACUUCUGACUCGUGACAUUAUUAGACAAUCUGGAAUCGUAUAAAAAGAACUAGAGCAACCGGUAUGCAGCCUUUGAGACGAUGUUUAUCAGAAAGAAAUGGACAAAUUCAACGUCAAGAGAGAGAGAGCUAGAAGUAAAAGUCUUCAUUUUGAACCAACACUUGUCAGAACCACGAAUACCAAAGUUGGGACACAGCACAUUGCAACAGACCUGUUUCUUUAUUUGAUACUAACAUUUCUAUUUGUCUUAAAUUAUGAUAAAGAGCUAAGAAAGUGCAAACUGUGUGACUACUGCAAAAUUAACAAGAAAAAAGGCCACCAAAGGAAAGGUCAAGAGGAACGGACAAACACUUUAGAGACUCAAAUGAAUGAUUGUCUUAUUAAAUUAUUAUUUGAUUGGUGUGAUUUAGAAAGACCUUUGAAAAAUUUACUGUGGUAUGAUUUAGCAAACAAAAGUGUUUCACUUCAGAAAUUAUUUCCAUUUUUGUUUGAAGAUUACCUUAAUUGUGUGAGGUCAGUGCAAAGAACAAUUAUUAAAGUAAUGCCUCUCAUCGACUGUUCCAAGACAUUAGAAGAAUACGUUCAAAAAGAACUAAAUUUAUCUCAAUCUAUAAACCCUCUUAAUUCUUCAACACCAGAAGGAAGUCCACAUUCUAUGAACAUGGAAAUUAUACGUAUAAGCACUUUUCGUAAUUUCCCACAAACAACUUCAAUAUCUACAAUACGACUUGCUAAAGAGGGAUUUUAUUACACAGGCGAUGGAAACAAAGUCGCCUGUUUUGCUUGUGGGGUUCAUCGGGAUGGAUGGAAAGCAGAUGAUGAUCCCAGAGAAAUCCACUGUCGACUGUCUCCAAAUUGUCCAUUUCUAAUUUCAUGUCAGUCUGGAAAUGUUCCUGUACAAGAAAAAGAGAAUGUCGCAAGCAACCAUACCGAUACACAACCACGUGAAGAAAAUGGUGGAUCGACUUCGGGUCCAGCUCCAACAAUUGCUACUUUCAACUCUAAUCAAGGAGGAGACGAGUUCAACGUUACAAGUUCAGAGAGGCACGAGAGAAGAAGACCUCAUCAAAGAUCGAGAACAUUACAGGAAAAAAUCAAUGUCUUUCUUAGAAACUUAGAUCCACUUGGAAUUAAUUUUGAGCGUCCAAAGUACCCCGCUUAUGCAGUUGUAGCAACCAGAGUAAGUUCCUUUAAUGACUGGCCGUCAAGUUUAACGCAGACGCCGCGUGAUCUUGCUUUGGCGGGAUUUCUUUAUGCGGGGUACGGAGACUACACACGCUGUUUUUUCUGCGGAGGGGGAUUACGUAAUUGGGAACCAGGGGACGAUCCCUGGAUUGAACAUGCCAGAUGGUUUCCGAAGUGUGCAUUUUUGAGACAGAACAAAGGAGACGAAUUUGUUGUCUUGGUGCAAAUUGAACAUAAUGAAAUGGAGGCAUCGGAAGCCAUGAACACAGAAAAGGCAGCAGUGGGUGCAGUAUCAAACACAUGUAGGAACAAUAGUAAAUUAACAGAAGCAGAAGAAAGGAACACAGCAACUUCUAACAUUUUCAACUUAGUUUCUGUCCAGAGUGUUCUAGAAAUGGGUUACACUCGACAAACUGUAAAGGAAGCAUUUGAUCUUCUUAGAGUAACAAAACAUAUAGAUGAUAUCUCAGGAGAAGACUUGAUUGAUGCCAUUCUGUCAAAAGAGGAAAAUAGUACAAUAUCAGAUAUCCAACCUGCUUCUCAUAAUCCUGAACCAAAAGCCCAAGGGAGAACAUAUAAUGAUGCAGGAGAUACAACUGAAAUUAAUAAAACGGAAGACAAACCUAACAUAGAUUCCUAUAGCGACACCAAAGCUUUGAUUGAAGAAAACAGAAGAUUAAAGGAUCUCCGGGUUUGUAAAAUCUGUCUUGAGAACGAGGCUUCUAUCGCCAUGUUACCUUGUGGUCAUCUCUGUUGUUGUCCAGACUGUGCUCCGGCCAUGAGGAAAUGUCCCAUCUGUCGGCAGUUUGUCAAAGGGACCGUUAAAACGUGGCUGGUGUAGA